CGCGCUCAGUAUAUAUAGGAUUCCACCCCGAUAGACACUCCACUGCCUCACCACUGUGAGUACUCUUGAGUACUCCUAGAAGCACUGACAAUGGCCGUGAAAAGCGCUUUCACGCCGAAGGCGUCACUAACAGAGGCUCCCACCAACCUGAAGGAGGCCAUUGACUGGGUCCUAAGGGUAACUGGUAGGGAUGGUAAACCACUGAGUGGUGAUGAAUGCAUAUGUGGCCUGGCGGCAGCUGUGACUGACCUACUGCAGUCAGUACAACUACAGUACCAUGGAUAUCAAGGUGAAGCCAAGGACAAUGGCGCCUCUCAACAGGACGUGACAAAACAUCUCAAGGAACUAUUCUCCCUAGUCCAGGGACUAGGUGGUACUGCAGUGGUCCGGACCUACAUAGACCAGCUGGCACAGGUACUCAGUGCACUCGUUGGGUGGAGUAAGAUAGAGAAGUGUAGUAAUGGUGGCAAGGACAAGUGCCAGAAGGAUAACAAGGAACAUCAUGGCCAAAACAAGGACUGCGAGUAUCUAAAGGAUGUGAGACGGAACGAUCCGUGCACAGACUGUGGGUGUAUGAAAUGGGAUGAUCCCAAGGCGGACAGUAAUGAAGGACACCACCUAGGAAGGAGGUGUACAAAGUGUAAGGAUAGUGGUGGUAGCCAGGAUUGUAACUGUGAUAGUGGUGGUGGCUGUCAGGGUCCUGACCAGGAGUGUAAAUGUGCUAAAGCAGGCAAAUGCUGCAAGUGUGGUUGUAAGGGUGGGUGUAAUAAGUGUGGGCAGAAGGAUAGGGAGUGUAGCUGUGACGGUUAUAUGUCAGCAUACCCUAGUACAUCUUGUUAUACAAGAAUAGCAUUCGUUGAGUCUAGAUGGGUAGAUAAAACACGUACGUGGAAAACGUUAGGGAGUUCUACCUUUCGUUCCAAAUGUGCCCGUAUCCUCCUAGGGUCAGUAUGCCUCAUAUGGAGUGGACUCACUUAUAUGUAUUGGACCGGGAAGUACACCAAGACCAGUCCAUAUUGGAACAACCAUAUCCUGGAUGGCAGUGGUCUGGAUGAUGGUACACUAUCCCAAUGGCUACAGGCCUUAGGGUUCCCUAGGGAUAUGCUUAAUAAUGGUGGGCCUGGAAAUAGGUUGGAUGCUGUUAUCACUAAUGAGUUUAGGGAUAAGUUUCUCUUGGGAUUCCUGGAGCCUGGUGGCCUUGAUAGUGGUGUUGUCAAGGACGACAAUGGUAAUACUGCCAGAGCUCCUUUCGGCAUGAACUAUCCUGGGUUUAUACACACUAUACAUAGGGAUUCAUUCAACACUGAUCAGGCUACCGUAUUUCCUAAUGGCAAUGGCAGUGGCACUACCUCUGGUACUACUAACCGAAUCAGUGAUACUGAUCAGAACAAAAACGGUGCCAUCUUCAAGCUCUACAUUCUAUCAUGUGCCUACUUUACUGGAUUGCAGAAAAAGAAUAGUGAGAGUACUACCAGUACUACCGCUAAUAAUCCUAAGACCAUUCGGGAAAUCCUAUACUGGCUUAGUGCAUUGCCCUAUAGUCAGGCAUACCCAAAGAUACUGAAGCACGGUAAGCAAAGACUAAAAGAAGUGACCAAGAAAACCGGGGAAACUGAAUCUGGUACUGACAAUGACCAGAAACAACUCUCCUUCCUUCAAACAGGCCGUUCAGCUCCCAUUACCGUCCAUGAAUACAACCUGUUUGCCCACUUCCAAGCAGUGACUCAGUACUGCCCACUGGUCCUCAUAGGUAUCCAGGGUGGAAUACACAGUACCAACAACACUACUCCUGCCAUUCACUCCUUAUACGCCAACACGGAGUGUCACUUCACCUAUCCCACUGUGUCCAUCCAAGCAUACAACCAGGUGGUACACUACAUUAGGGCUCUGUUCUACCAGCUGUACUUCCUUAGGAAGCAAUGUGCCGUGAAAGUUAGUUCUGGAGGCAAAUGGCGUGAAUGUAGGUAUGGUCAUGGAGUGGUGUCCAAGGGGGUAAUUAGCUGGAUGUGCCUGGGGUGUGACCCCAUGGAACAUGAUAGGAAUUAUAGGGUGGAGAAUAUGAAGAAGGGAUUGGAUGAGAUAUUGAAGGGGUUAGUGAAAAAGGUGGAGGGAGAGGAGGAAGAGGAAGAUGAAAAAGAUCUUGCAGAUGGGUUGAAUACACUACUGGUUGCUAUUGGUCAGGUAGUGGUACAAUUGGGUAAUGCCCAGGAGGCAUUGGAAGGGAAGGAUAAGGAGGGGAUCAAGGGGGUUAUAAAGAAACUGGAGGAGGCUAAGGGGAAACUGGAGACGGAGUUGACGAAGGUGAAGGAUAGGCUGAAUGGGAAACUACAGGAGGCUACGAAGAAACUGGGGGAGCUGACGAAGGGUAGUGGUGGUAAAGAGAGUGGGUCAAUAGCCUCAGUAACAGGCAGUGAUGGACUAGAUAAGGCAGCGAGUGACGAUUUCGAUCAGGGUAAGAACAGGAUAAGUGAGGUUAUCCAUAAGGUACGGGAGGCAUUGAAGGAAAUACAGAAAGAACUGGGAGUUAGUAAUUCAUCAUAUUUAAACGGCAGCUUAUCGGAAUGGGUCGCAAACACACUUCAUAAAACCAUAGAUCAGAUCAAAGACAUCUGCAACUCUCCCAAGUGCCCAUCCUGUAAAUCACACUCCACCAAGUGUGGCAAGGAGGGGAAGCCGACUAUCUGUAAGACCUGUAAUCAACAAUACAUGGACGGUAAACCUUCCCCCCUCCAGGCAUUCCUCGAGGAUAGGUUGCCAGGUUUUAGUUGUAGAGAGGUACCAGCAGACGAGGACCCCGAGUACCCACCUGCUGCAGAUCACUUAGGACACUGUAAUGGCUCAGGCCAAUGCUGCCCACUGCCAAUGGGUUUUAGAGAUCACUUCCAGCAAGGAAUCACCCAUACCGGUCAACGCCUUUAUGGCAUCCUCUACUUCUUUAGUAACGAGAACAUGAUGCAGUCGUGUGUCUAUACACUAGUGAGAGUCACUGCAGCACUCAGUGCCACUACACCACAGGUAUUGGGUGAUGUAUUCGGGUUCUUUAGGGGUGGUGUAGGAAACAAGGAUAGGGGAAAGACACCAAAUGGGAGUGAUGGGACUGCAUGUAACCACGAUGGAAAUCCAAGUGGAUCUUAUGAUGAGAACAAGGAUAAGUACUUUUGCGGCUGGUGUGCCUCUGGGUUACGGGAAGAGGUAAAGAAGAUUGAGUGGGUAUUCAAUGGGACGGAGGCGGGAGGACAGUACAUGGGCAGUGUAGGAAAAGCACUAAGAGACAUUAAGGGUGAUAAAGGUGAUAGUGGUGCCUCUCAACAACUCUCUCCAUCAGCCCUUUCAACACUCACUGACGGUAACCACUACGUAUCCCCCCUAACCGGUGAACUCUAUACAGCAGUGAGUGCCACGUUCGGUGGAACAUACCUCUCAUGGGUACUAUACCUAUCAGAUGCACUUGAAGGUGGACUACAGUCACUUGCUAGUGCAUUCCAACAGAUUGAAUGCCGUGGCUGUACAGGGUGUGACCCCAAUAAGUGCAAGAAGGGAGAGCAUGGACAGGGUAGUGGACAGUGUGGAUGCCAAUCAAUCGUAUCAUGUACCGGGGUACUGCCAGUAUUGUAUAGACAUGGCUUCAGCUACGGUAACCCAUUCAAUCUGGAGGGGUACCACCAGAAGGAUGGAAACAAGGAAGAACAUGGUCAGUUCGACAUCGAGAACAAGCAUAAUCCUAAGAAUUGUCACCAAUUUUUGGACAGUCUUAGUGCAGUGAUCAAUAAGAAGGAGAACGCCUCUCAGGAACAUCCACUGACAAAGUUACUAUCAGAAGUCGGCCAACUCCAAUACGACAUACGGCUCCCGUGGAUCUUUGUACUGACCUUGGCGUGGCUAGUAGCGGUACUGUACCUAGCAUUUGGUGCCAUAUGGCCACUGGAAUGGACACAUAUGAGGUCGCAUUGGUUACGGGGUGGAGAACACCAGUGGCAAUGUAUGUGGUAUAAGGUGAUGACGGGGAGAAAGGGGGUGGAAUUGAUAGAGUAUUUUGGUAGACAGGGAGUGUAGUAGUGUAUAGACAGUGGUAAAUUAUAUACACCAGUAUCACAUACAACAUA